CGCGGAGCAGAGAGCGCUGCUGUGACAGUGGGAAGCACAAUCCGCGUGCAGCCAGCGCGAGGCAAAGACCUACUAACAAGCUGUGAACUAUGACUGGACGCACAACGUGCAGCACGAGAGAUGACUGACCACGCAGCAGUUUGGAACAAAUGACAGAAGAUUACACAUGCUGAAUGAGAAGAUGCCAACCACUGAAAAUAAACCUAAUCUGAUUACAUUUAAGAACUGAAAGAUGUUGUAGAUGGUUUUAUCUCCAAUGGAUACCUAAAGUUGCUCCAAGAGAAUCGGUAUCAGCGAUUUUUCCUAAAGGGAUCACUUGGUGGAAGCCAGUGAGCAGGGGGCCAGGAUGUGGCCCCCUGAUCUUGGGCCUCCAGACGUCCAGCUAACUCUUCCUGGUUUUGGAAGUGUGUUUGAGGAUGCUGAGGACCUUCAAGCACCGCUGUCUUCUGGUGGCUUUUGUCAGUCCUCCAUACAUUCAGGUGGCCUGGGCGUGUGCUGUCUUCCAAGGACAUCCUUGUCCCUGUCCUCACUGGGCCGGGACCUCACUUCUCUGCUCAGCUGUAAGACAGCUGGAUCCCACAUAGAAAAGACUAUGGAGGACUUUGCCACCACUGCACACACAGAUCCCAAAAACAACACCCAGAGGUUCAGUUGUUACCCCCAACCCUCCCUCCCUUUAUCAUAUAUGCUCACCAGCUGUGCCACAUCGUCUCCGUUUGGCUCUCCACCAUCCUCUCUUUCCUCCUCCUCCUCCUCCUCAACUUUAUUUUUUGCUUCUUCCUUGCCUCCUUCUGAUGCACCUGAUAGCAACAAGACUCCUAAUCUACAAGGAAAGAUACAGGAAGAGUAUCACUCAAUAAAACAAGAGCCUGCAGAUGAUUUUUCGCCCUGUAAGAGGGAAACGUUUCAAAUCAACAACCAGCAGGGGGAGCUGUUCCAUGUUGGCCAGCCCCUCCAAGGUCAGGCCAGCUCCCCGCUUCAUUUCCCAAGGCUUAAUGGACCUGUAGGCCAGGACCCCACAGUGGACCAACUGGACCAGCCCUGUCACUGGAUUGACUGUAGUGCCACUUACAGCAGCCAGGAGGAGCUGGUGAGGCACAUCGAGAAGGUGCACAUCGACCAGCGCAAAGGGGAAGAGUUUUCCUGUUUCUGGGCCGGCUGCGUGCGACGUCACAAACCCUUCAACGCUCGCUACAAGCUGCUCAUUCACAUGAGGGUCCACUCUGGGGAAAAACCCAAUAAAUGCAUGUUUGAGGGCUGCACCAAGGCGUUCUCACGUCUAGAGAACCUGAAGAUCCACCUAAGGAGCCACACGGGAGAGAAACCCUACAUCUGCCAGCAUCCUGGCUGCCUCAAGGCCUUCAGCAACUCCAGCGACCGGGCCAAACACCAGCGCACACAUCUGGACACGAAGCCAUACGCCUGUCAGAUCCCAGGAUGCACCAAACGUUACACCGAUCCCAGCUCGUUACGAAAGCACGUCAAAGCUCAUUCUGCCAAAGGCCUUCAGGAGAGGGAGGUCAAGGUUCAGGUGCACACAAUGUUGGAAUCGGAAAUUUUGAGUGAUUGUCUGGCGAGGCAGCAUCUCCACCAAGGAAACGGCUCACCUCUUCCCAGCUUAGAUGACUUCACAGGUGUGUACUCAAACAACGGCUCCGUCCACAACAGGGAAAAUUCAGAGUUUCUCCCUCCGUCAGCAGACACCUGCUCCAGGUAUCGAGGUUUGGAGGGAAACUUUGACGCCAACAGCCCAAUAUCUUCACUAACAAGUGCAGGGAGCAUGAGAGAGGGGAACAGACCAACAUCGUUGUUCAUGUCUGCUGACGUCAGCCCAGCAAGCUCCUCAUCAGACAGAGUGGACGUCCAGCUGCAGGGUUACCACAAAACCUACAGCCACCAACAAGUAUUCACACAGCAGCAAGGAUGUCUGUACGGAGAAGGGAAAGUGGUUCAGCCAGUCAAUGAUGGAGGCUUUGAACCCGCCAGUUACUUCACAACUCCGUCCGCCUCUCACUCUACAGGGUUCGACUUGCUGCAGGACCUGCAGGGCCAGGCGGGGGGCGGUUACUCCAUGUCUCCAUGCUCAGACGACAGCUUCCUCUUCCAGGCAGGAGGCGUCGACCGCUGCCUCAACCAGAUCUACUCCAUCUACCUGGACUCAUGAUGGGCCACCCAAAACCAAAGAAGAAAAAAACUGCUCCAGAAUCACUUUGUUUUCCUAAGGAUGAACAACAGCAUGUAAAUGUGUGGCAGCAGACAAUCAUAACAGCAGUGUACUGUUUGUUCAAGGCUGAAGUUUUUGUUUUGGACAGACAUAAAUAAUAUGUCAAAGGGUACAAACCAAAGAGCAAAAUUAACCAGAGACAGAGCUGCAGCCAGUCAAAUUCUAAAUGUGAAUAGCAGUGACUUUUUUAUUCAGAGAUGACCACAGCAUUUGUGAUCUGGAUAGGAUGAGCUAUGAGCCUCUUUUUGGUAGUUUGAUGUGUAGGAAAGUCAGGUAGCUGGCGCUCUGGCUCUGCGAGUGAUGUUAACUAAACCAGUGAGAUUAAUUCUGCCUCCAUGAAAUAUUUAAAAAAAAACAUUUGUCAGGACGGGAUCUUAUGAUGUCGUGGUUCCCAACCCAGGGUCAAUAAAUAAAUCUGCUGGGGUCAAAAGACGAUUAAGAAGAUAACAAAUAACAAAAUAACACAGUUCUGCUUUAGAAAUUAUUCUAAUUUUUGUUUGACUUUUCUGUAAUUGUUGCUUUUUUUGUCAUUUCAAGGUAUCAUUAGCCAAAAAAUGUUGGGAACCAUUAUGUUAUAAUGGAUGAUGGGCUGGUUUUAAGCAGUCCGUGCAAUAGAGCAAAGAAUAGCUCAACAUUCUGGGAGAUACGCUUGUUUGUUUCCUCGCUGAGAGUUAGAGGAGAAGGUUGAUAUCACUCUCAUGUCUGUGUGCUAAAAUGUAGCCACAGCCAAGUUAUGUUAGCUUACCAGUUUGCCUACCAGUAACUCUAAAGCCCAAUUAUAUCAGGACUAUUUCUUGACUGUGAUGACUAGUGGCAUAAGGUAGAUACAACGGGCCCCAGUGCACGCUACCAUGCACUUAUCGUCUCGUCACGUGGUCAGAGACUUGACAUUGGAUAACAUUAACAUACAAAUUUCCCAGCAAUCAUCACUGUAUAUCUGUAUAUUACAAAAAAUACCAACGAAAAGAGAUAUUUUUAAUUUAAUUUAACAAUUUGUAAUAGUUUGUUAUAGUUACUUGGAAUAAGCGUAUCAUUUUAUUAUAGAUCCUACUGACUAUUUUACAAAUAAAGAAAAAAAAACAUGACAGAGAUGGCUUUGCCUUCUUCAAGAGCAUAUAAUGGCACUGUUGUUAAUUUAAUGAGAGUUAUUUGAAAACAGGCAUAUUUCCAAGGUGUCAAUCACUCAUAGGGGCCCAAUCUCCACCCAACACAUUGUUGGAGGGCCUACUCUCCCUAUGCCUCUCUAUGCUUGAGUACUCUCUGACAUUAACAUGGAUUCCAGCUAAUGUAAGAGGUCUUUUGGGACAGUAAGGAGUUAAAUGUUUAUUGAUGUGCUGUAAGUAAAGAGUAGGAUUUCAAAAUAGUGGUAAACAAUGCAAAGAGGCUAAACUGGGGUGACGUGAGAACUUUGUGGCUGCUGGAAUAGUUUCGAUCCUCUUGUCCAACUCUCGGACAGAAAGAUAAGUGUAUAUUCCCAUAUGUCAAGCUAUUCUAAGCUAUUGUCUUUAAGGUCGUGGAGUGUAACCAGAGUGUCAUUGAGAAACCUCCAACAUCUUGGUAAUAUGCAAAGAACUGCAGGAGAGUGGCGCGUACAGUGAACUGUAGCAGUGCUGCCACCAAGUGUCUGAAUGACAGUAUAUAAAUAUAGUGUAUUUACAGUCUGUGGAUCAGUGUGGAGGACUCCUGGGACUUUAAAACUGACACACAAAAAGAAAGAAAAAAUGCACUAAAAUGUAUUGUUUAUGAUUUGUCUGUAAUGGACAUAAAGGUGCCAACAAAUAUGUUUCAAUAUGUGUAAUCUAACAACGAUCAAGACCGAAGCAUAAUCUCCUUUUUUUAUACUGUCUCUUCUGUUCCUUUUUUUGUUUUUGUUUAUUGUAUCAGUGUUAUAUUCAGCGAGAGGGAGGUGUGCAUUGUUUACAGUAAGUUCUCUGCACUCUUUUCUGUCUCAUCACAGAGACUUUAAGAAAAUGACCAACCAGAAAAAAUGUUUACACUGAUUUUGUAGCAAUUCAGAGAUUUUCUUAUUAUUGUCUUUGAACAAUGUAUAUAGACUGUAUAAAAAGCACCUGUCUUUUAUAUCUAAAUAAAUAACUCUGUUUGUA